AUGUUGACUCGGCUGCUCCUCCUGGCGCUGGCUCUGUGUCUCCUCUUGCAGGUGCAAGCACAGGAUUGCGGUGCUUCAAGUCCGUGUGCUACUGGAUGUUGUUCUAGCUCGGGUUACUGUGGAAUCGGAGAUGAAUUCUGCGGUGCAGACUGUGUGGCUAGCUGUGACUUUCAGGCGGAAUGCGAUGCUAACCGGCCUUGUGCGAACGACGCCUGCUGCUCUUCUUCUGGGUUUUGUGGCCUCGGGCCAGACUACUGUUCAAAGGAUAACUGUGUUUCUGGCUGUGAGAAUAAAGCCUAUUGUGACCCUGGUGGCUAUGGCGAAUUUGCAGAACACGCUAAAUGUCCCCUCAAUGUCUGCUGCAGCAAAUGGGGAUACUGUGGAGUCACUUCUGAGUUUUGCGGCGACAAAAAAGUCAAGCGUCCUUCAGCUGACUACAGUUCGGUCACGCCGCUGAAUACCAUUGUGGGCUACUAUGAGGGCUGGUCCCAUGAGCGACCCUGUCACACUUUCUUCCCCGAACAGAUUCCAUUAGGCAUCUAUACACACCUCAACUAUGCUUUUGGCACCAUUGACCCGGACACAUUCGAAGUUAAGCUAGCAUCAACGGAGGAAGAGGACCUUAUUAGGCGGCUUGUUCGACUCAAGACCCAGGAUCCCGACCUCAAGGUCUUCAUUGCGCUGGGUGGCUGGUCAUACAAUGACCCUGGUCCGACCCAGUCCACAUUCAGUGACUUGGCUGCGUCUAAAGAUGCACAAAAUAAGUUCUUCAACUCUCUCACGUCCUUUCUCUCGACGUAUAAACUCGACGGCGUUGAUCUUGACUGGGAGUAUCCCGGUCCGGAUAGCAUUGUGGAGCGCGGUGGUCGUGAAGAGGACUUUGACAACUUCCCUACCUUUCUGCGUGCAUUGAAAGAAGCUCUGAAGGGCACUGGGGGGCGUGAUGGAUUGACCGUCACACUUCCAGCCUCGUACUGGUUCCUACAGCACUUCGAUAUUGUUGAGAUGGUAAAGUAUGUUGACUUCUUUAACAUCAUGACCUACGACCUGCAUGGGGCCUGGGACCGGGGCAACAAAUGGCUGGGGCCAUAUCUGUUCGCGCACACAAACCUGACGGAGAUCCAGGAUGCCAUGGAUCUGCUUUGGCGGAAUGAGAUCCCAAGCAACAAGGUGGUCAUGGGCACGGCGUUUUACGGCCGAUCGUUCACGGCCACAUCGACAUCGUGUAUGGAGCCCGGCUGCACAUUUGAGUCAGCUGGUAAUAAGGGCUUGUGUAGCCGCGAAAAUGGCAUCCUUCUCAAUAGCGAGAUUGUGGAUAUCAUCGACGAGAAAGGCCUGACCCCGACGCUAUACAAGGAGGCAGGAGUAAAAGUGGUCCAUUGGGACAACCAAUGGGUGGCAUACGAUGACGAGGAGACUCUCAAGCUCAAAGUCAACUUUGCGCUGGGACUGGGCUUGCGCGGAGUCAUGGUGUGGGCUGUGAGCCACGACACCCCGACUCGCCAGUUCACGAAUGCCUUCUACGCCCGGGCGGCUAACCGGCUCGGCAUGAUUCUCUUGGAGAUCGAUAACAGCCACAAUGAUCAAGUGCAAGUCAGGAAGACGAUCGACCAGUGUAAAUGGACCAACUGUGGCGACGGCUGCCCCAAAGGCUACCAGCCCACCACGCGCAUUGACAAGAACAAGCACAACACGGGGGAGCUUAUGAUGGACAGCACCGCCUGCGAAGAUGAGCUGCACAUCUUGUGCUGUCCUGAGACGUCGAUGCCGACAUGCGGCUGGUACACGCACUCCAACAGCUUCUGCGACUACACCUGCCCAGACGGCACGGUCGAGGUAGGAAGUACCAACGGCGGCUGUCACAGCGGCUACCAAGCCGCCUGUUGCGACGUGGGCACCACCGCGAAAAAGAUGCCCAGUAUGGACGUGUACGACAGCUGUGUGUGGGCCGGUGAGGCCAGCGACUGUGACGCUGACUGUCCCAUUUUGAAGAAAUUUCAGCAGCUAUCGUCUGCCGAGGGAAGCGGUGCGGUCAAGUGCAAGGCCGACCAGGAACGUAAGUACUGCUGCUAUGACGAUGAUGACGAUAAGUGGACAGGCGGAGAUUGGUAUAAGUUUGAAAAUAUGUUUGUGCAGUUCCAGGAUGAUCCAGAUCGCUGCUCAUCUGACUGCCCGGGCAACAUGUAUCGCCUUGCCAUGGAGCGGACGGGCGUAUGCAAGAACAAGCCUGGUGCCAGUUCGUUCUGUGCGCUCAACAGUCGCUACGACACCGAGUGGAAGGAGCGCCAGAACGUCACUGACCUUAAGGACGCCCUGGGUCACUUCUUCCAGAGCCCUACGUGCCCCAACAAGGCGUCCGGAGGCCUCUCUACGCGCGACGUCAGCGAUUCCACAGCGCGGGAACAGGCUGAGAAAUUACUGGUUGCAAUCCUGAGUGCAGCGUACUAUAACAGUGACCUUAUCACCAGCUACAUCUCGUACUGGAACGAGAAGAUCAAGGACUAUUUCUCCAACCUGCAGUUCCCUGACUUCAGAGAUGACCUAAACGACUGGUAUGGCAACAUUUACCAGGAGAACAUCGAGGAUCUGUCCGACGAUAUCCUGUGCAAUCUUGAGAGCUACGACGAUCUGGCAAGCUCUAGCCCGGUGCUAAGCUGUUCGGUAACGGAUGAAUGCACCGGCGAGGAGAGUGACUGCACUAACGGUGAGUGGGACGAGACAUGCAGCGACUUUUCAUCGACGCUGGAUAAGCGCACUGGAGCUAGACGGUCGUAUUGCUACACAUUUGAUGACCAGAAUGGUGGCGAAGACGAAACUACCGUGCGGUCUUCCGCGUACGAGACGGUCAGUGAGCCUCGCGCUAACAGUGAUGUCCGACUGCGGACAGUUAUAUACCGCAACCGGGCCGAUUGUGUCGACACCGAGGUGCAGAUGGUUUUUCUUGCCAGUGGAAACACUUAUAAUGGCCGCUCAUUACACAUGGAACAUAUCAUGGAGAUGAACACAGAAGGACGCUUCUUAUCGGACAUCACAUACGGCCGGCUGGAUGGCAACCGGCUCAACGAAUUUACACCUGUGCCAGCUGGCUUUGUAUCUGAUACCUGGAUGAAUGGACCCAACAUCAACAUAGCUAUGUGGGGAAUGCCCAUCGGAGGAGGCCAGGGUCUCGACAAUCCCAACUGGCCAUCUGUGCGCAUCUUUGAGGCGUACGGCAGUCUCCGAAAUCAAGACAACUUUUUCAUCCUCGACGCUUAUCUCAACUUUCUCAAGAAUCGCGUCUGGAUGUGGCGUCGCUGGAACCGAGGACCCCUGGCCGACAGCUCCAUGACAACAUACGUUAACGACAUGACGGAUCCUGAGCGGGCAUUAACGCGUAUGCGCAGUGUCAUUGCUGUGUUCCGUUAUCUCAAUGCCGAGGAGGUGCGUCGUGCUCUACGUGCUCAGUACCAAGAGAUAGGCGCCGAGCGUUGGAUUGCCAACCAGGCAUGGAACCUUGCGAAUCCAGCAGAGACGUUUGAUAUCCGGCCCAUUUGGACCGCCUGGUUCUCUAACCACAUUGAUGGCAUGAUCACGACUUCUACAAACUUCCUCAACCGGUGGUUGGAUACCAUGGAAGCUAAUUGGCAAAAUCAGACGGGGCCUCUGGCCAUACGUGUGCUGCAAGAUAUUGAGCGGUUGCGUGUACAAAUACGCAACGGAGCCGUUAACAUUCGGAUAGAGGACUUUUAA